AUGGGUGAAGCAGCAGUACCGCCUGAGCUAGACACCGCUGCAGCAGCAAAGAUGGCUCAGACAAACCCUCUGCCUGUCCCCAUGGGCCCAUGGAAGAUCACUGUGUACGACCAAGAAAACUUCCAGGGCAAGAGGAUGGAGUUCACUUCAGCCUGUCCAAACAUCAUGGAGUGCGGCUUCGACAACAUCCGCUCGCUGAAGGUGGAGUGCGGCGCCUGGGUCGGUUAUGAGCACACCGGCUUCUGCGGGCAGCAGUUCAUCCUGGAGAGGGGAGAAUACCCGCGCUGGGACGCCUGGAGCGGCAGCAACGCCUACCACAUCGAGCGCCUGAUGUCCUUCCGCCCCGUCUGCUCUGCUAAUCACAAAGAAUCCAAGAUCACCCUCUUUGAGAAGGACAACUUCAUCGGCCGCCAGUGGGAGAUCAGUGACGAUUACCCCUCGCUGCAGGCCAUGGGCUGGGCCAACAACGAAGUGGGCUCCAUGAAGAUCCAGUGCGGCGCCUGGGUUUGCUACCAGUAUCCCGGGUACCGUGGCUACCAGUAUGUCCUGGAGUCCGACCACCACGGAGGAGAUUACAAGCACUGGAGAGAGUGGGGUUCGCACGCCCAGACCUCCCAGAUCCAAUCCAUCAGGCGUGUCCAGCAGUAGCUCCUCACUCUCCAGUACAACUCUGCAAGGUUUCCAAAGCUCACCGGCUCCCUUUUGGUGCUAAUACUCCCCUCCUGAAAUAACCACCCCUUAUUGUACUGCAACUGCUUAUGGAACAACACUCCCAAAUGGUACCAACCGCCACAAUUGCCAAUAAAUGUGACUGAAAGAUAAA